GAAAAUGAAGGUUGCGAGUGGUCGUAGGUGUUAGACGGAGGAAGGAACGCACGCACUCGAGCAGCCUCUUCUACGCGUCAGAGUUUUGGGCCGACCCGCAGCCCCUGGCCGAAAUCAACUAUGGUCAGCGACUCCCUGCGCGAUGAGGCCGCCGAAAAUGUCCUCAGCACCACUGUUACGACGCCCACCCUAGUGGGCAUCUGCUUAGGGGCCACCCUUUUCCUGGUAGCCAUGGCGGCGGCCACUUGCUUCUGCUACCGCCGCCGAAGUCCUUACACCGCCAAGAUGUACUCAAAAAGGACCGAGAAGCCGGUGACCCUUCGCAAGCCGACGGCGGUCAAGAGUCCUGGCUCCGGCCCCACCACUCAUUAUCUGAAAAAGAGCCCCAGUCCGACGGACCAUAAGGCACCGCCGGGGAUGUGCAACGGCGACACUAGAUCUUCACCAACAGAGCUCGAGAAUGGAAACGGAAAUAAGGGGUGGCACAGCAGAACAAGUCCAGUAGCAUCGGACAAAACCCUGCUUGUGGACACGCAGCACGCUAAGAAGGACGAUUCGGAAAAGCAGAAACUACUGGCCAACUGCAUGGUUGAAGUUGAGCGCGAGAUUCUGGCCUCGACGGAAGCGGCACCAUCCGAAAAGUUGGUGAACGGCAACACAGACCUUGUCCGCAACGACAGCGGUGGCGUGGACAACACCAAGCUGGGGACCCUUGUUUUCAAACUCAGGUACAAGUCCGACAAAAACGCGUUGGUCGUGACCGUGGUAAAAUGUCAAGAUCUGCCGGCCCGCGACCCUAACAUAGGCAGUUGCGACCCUUACGUAAAACUGCAACUUUUGCCUGACAAGCAGCACAAAGUGAAGACUCGCGUGCUGCGCAAAACCAACAACCCGGUCUACGAUGAGGAUUUCACUUUCUACGGCAUUAGUUUCAAUCAAUUGCAGUCCAUUACGCUUCAUUUCGUGAUUUUGAGCUUUGAUCGGUACUCUCGGGACGACAUCAUCGGCGAACUGUUUUGUCCACUUGGCCAAGAAGAUUUGCUGAUAGCCGAGAGUCAGCAGAUGUCCCUUACCAGAAAUAUACAACCCAGGAGCUUAAAGAUUCGCUCUCAAGGACGAGGAGAGCUGCUCGUUUCUCUUUGCUGGCAGCCGGCCGCCAGCCGACUGACCGUUGUCGUCCUCAAAGCCCGAAACUUGCCAAAGAUGGAUGUCACUGGACUGGCAGAUCCGUACGUGAAAAUUUAUUUGCUUUUUAACAACCAACGCAUCGCUAAGAAGAAAACCCACGUCAAAAAACGGACUCUGAACCCAGUCUUCAAUGAGAGCUUUGUUUUCGACAUCCCUCAAGGCGCCGAGGGACUUGACAGCGUUAGUCUCGAUUUCAUGCUGCUCGACUGGGAUAGAGUAACGAAAAAUGAGGUCAUUGGUCGCCUGGAACUGGGCAGUACUAAGAGCACCGGAACUGCACUGCACCACUGGAACGAGGUUUGCAACGCUCCGCGCCGACAAAUCGCAGAGUGGCACAAAUUGCGAGAGUAAAUACGAGCGCUCGUAUUCUUUAAUUUGAUACGUUUUCUUUCUUUAUUUUCGUGCAGUGCAGACUGAAGAAAAAGAAAGGCGAAAAGCUGGUACAAACAAACAAGCUAAUUUACAAAAAAUUAAUGAGAAAAAUGCACUCUAUUUGAUUAAAUACAAGUAAGAAAAUGUGCGCGAUUGAAUUCGUUAACAGAAAAACGCAGAAUUUGUUUGCAGUAAAUUUUAAAAGAGACAAAAAAAAUUUAAAACACGCGAGAUUGAUAUUUUGAUAAGUUGAUGGAGAGGUGGAUGGAAAAUCACAUCUUAGGAGCUGAAUUUAUCUCAAAGUAGUGCUCUAUAUUAUAUUAACGUUAGGAUAUCAUUGUUAUGUAUAUAUACUGAGAGAGCAGAAGAUGCAUAAUCAUCAUAAGCACGUAAUGGUGGUAUAUAUACAUAGAACUGCUGAAUAUGUUAAGGUUGCUUUGCUAAAAGUAUAAAUUAUUUUCAGAGCAAAUCAAAUAUGAUAAUUAUUGCAUUUUUCAAGUGCAAGUAAAAUUAUUGACAGUUGGAAAGUAUCAUUUGCAAAGAUAUUGUAUUUGGAAGCAAACAAGCUCAUGAACUGCAGCGCUUAAUCGGCUAUUUAAAAAUGCUAUUAAAACUGAAUUUAAAAAAUAUGCAAUUAAAAAUAAACAUGCAAAAACUAUGUUCACGUCUAUACAUUUAGAGAGCGCAUGACAAACUUUAGUGAAUUUGCACAUUAUUGUCGUAAUCAGUGUGAAAUAGGUGUUAACUUUAAUCACAAAGAUCUCAUCUGAUUUACGUUCAAAUUUCUGAACUAAUUAAAUUUUCCAAUUAAAAAGUUUCUAAUUACUAGAAUUACUUUUUGCAAUUUUAUAGUUUAUAUUUGCCAAGAAGAGGCAUUUUUGCCCACAUAUUUUAAAGAGCUUGAAUAAUAUGGAUAAUAUGACUCACUGCGGAGUUUUAAUUUAUUUUCUUUCAACAAGAAAAAUAAUUUCCAACUUAAUGUGCAAACUAGAAAUUGGCUCUCAAAAACUUAAAUCAAUGAUGUAGUCUGUUAUUAAAAGCACACGCGCCACUUGAUUAGAACUUUAGUUUCUACCUCACGGACGUGUUUCUUACUGUUUCCACUCUACUUGAAAAAAAAAAUAUGCUAAUGCGUUUCCUCUGUCUUUUUAACUUUUCAUUAAAAAUUGUUCUUCAUCUCAAAUUUUAGCUAUCUCAAAGGUACUGUAAUUUUUCUUUUACUCUAUCAUUGUUAGCUGUGCAAAAUAAAGACGCAUCAAAAAAUAAUAUAAUUUUUCUUUUGGUGACGAACUUCUACUCUGAAA